AUUAUAGUACGCGAGCAAGUUUAUCAGUACAUUCUCCAGUACACGACAAACAGCCACGGUGUUAAGAUCUUUCUGUCAAUAUGAGUAACCCGCGCAAAAGGACGUCUCAUCGGUGUUGGGGCUCAACGGGAAACGAUCGAAUAGAAUUCGAGUCCUUGUCGGACGAGACCCUGGAGGGUGCUCUCAAUGUGAUACGAAAGAGCUUCUUUCUCUAUGAGAACAUAUGCAUAGGCGUGGAAUUGACUUCUGAAUCGGGAGCGUCUGAAGAACUUGAGGAGCUCUGUUUGAACGCGGCUAAAGACGGUGUGAGCGUGGUGGCUGUCGACGUUAACACAAAUGAGGUAGUCGGUGUCGCGUUCAACAAAAUCCAAGUGGCUAGCAAUAGCUCCAAGAAAAGUUUCUUCGAACACUUCAGCGAAAAUUGCCGAUGCAAAUCAUCGAAGGCUUUAGUGGACUUAAUGAUAGACAUGGAUUCACGGAUAAAUCUCUUCCAGCACUACAAUGUCAACUGUAUUCUCGAGAUCAUGUUCUUGGCAACAUUACCUUCUUAUGGGAAGCAAGGAGUAGGUGAAAUGCUGGUCGCCUCGUCGUUGGAACUCGGUAAUGUGUUAAAACGUGGCGGAAAUGUGAGGAUACCUAUCACGAUACACGGCAGCAAUGAAGUGACGAAUGCAAACGGAGUGCCGGCUUUGGCUUCUGCUAUUAUGACAUCCAAUUACUCGUAUCGAAUUGCGAUGAAACUAUCCUUCAGUCAGCUUUUGGAAGUUCCAUUUGAUGAGUACGAAUUCAACGGGAAGAAGCUCAGCGAGAGAAUAGGCCAGGAGCAUCGACGAUGUGUCUUGGUAGCUAAGAGACUCUCUUCGAUUUAGACAACAAUCGCAUGAGUAAUUUUGUAAACAGAGAAUUUUUUUACAUUGUAAUUGGUUUGCUCUAUCGGAUUUAGAAAUAAUAAUAAAAAUUUGUUAUCUUUAUUUUAUAUAUAUUAUAGAAAUUUAAUGGUUAUUUAUUAUAUAGAAAUAUGUAAUAAAUAUAUUAGUAGAUAUUAUAGGACUAAUAUGUAUUAUUAUAUUCCUAAAUAUUAAAAGUUUGUAAUUUUAUCUGAUGGUUAUUUCUUUAUAAAGAAGUUUUCCUGAAUUUUCUUAUCAACUUUGCAUAAUACUUUUUUAAAGUAAAAGUCUUAAUAUAAAGAAUAUAUGCAAUAUAUAUCAAUUGGAUUAAUUUAAUAGUAUUUUUAUAGGGGGUUCAAAAUUUUAAGACAACCAAUAUUACACUGUUUUCUAAAAGUCUCUUUUAGGCAAUAAUUUCAAUUUUAUGAAGAACUCGAAGGAGUUAGAAAACUUCAUGUACAUAUUAUGUAAAGAAUGAUUGUGUAAGGAAUAAAGAAAGUAAUUUUAAGGUACCUGAACCCAAUAUGCCCGCUCUAAGCUCUGGGGAUUAUUCUAAAUACGAAAUUAAAAAGUGAGAGUCAGAUUUAAAAUAGGAAACAUUUCUGAAAGUAAAAAAAAUAUUUUUAAUAUUUGUAUAAGUAUAGUAAAGAUUUAAAGAAAAGAUAGCACUUGGGCCAUGUUGAUUACAUAUAUACCCAAUGUAGUUCAGCUAUGUAUUUUUUUUUUCUAAAUAUUUUUAAAAAUGUAUUAAAAAAAAAA